AUGGCUCAAGAGGAAGACAUUCCGAGUGAAUAUUCUCGCGAUAUACCAAAAAGAGAAGGUGAUCCCAGUUUGAAGAUUGUGAUCGAUCAGUUGGCAGCACUUAAUGCUAAAUUUGCGAAUGCCAGCUUGAUUUCGACCACAGAUGCCCAUACACUCCCCCAAGAUGAUCUCAGCAUGUAUGCAGUGAAAGAGAGAACCGAAGACCUCAACUACGUGAACAACAACACCUACACGAACUCAUAUAAUCCAGGGUGGCGGAAUCAUCCUAAUCUCUCUUACAAGUCCAACAACGUCGAGAAUCCUGCACCAAAUAAUCCGAGGGCAUCCCAUAAUCCGAAUCAGAGGAUCCCACCCGGUUUUGCUUUUCAAUCCAGGGGUCCAAAUCAGAACUCCAACUACAGAGCUCCGGGGCAGACCUUCAACAAUCCUGCACCUUCUGAUAAUCGUGACCUUUCUCAGGAUACAUAUGCUCUUAUUCAACAACUCAUGCAGGAAGAGGCAAAGACGACACAUGAAUUCCGCACUCAAUUCGCGAGCAUCGAUGCCCAUUUUAAGCUCGUAGACAAUCAGAUUGCCCAGUUGGCAGUAGACACUCAACCAUCCACAAUGGUCGAGCAGAGAGAGGUUUUGAAUGAUCAUGCUAGUCCAGAAGACAUACCCGAACCGGCAUACGUACCCCCUCCUCCUAAGCCUCCGCCGGUACCGUUUCCGUCUCGCCUGAGGAAGCAUAACGAAGACAGCCAAUUUGCUAAAUUCGCUGAGAUGCUAAAGAAACUCGAGGUAACCAUGCCCUUUACUGAAGCUAUUUUACAGAUUCCCUCGUAUACCAAGUUUUUGAAGGACAUCCUGACCAAGAAAAGAGUCGUCGAGAAAGAGACUGUAGCUCUCACUGUAGAGUGUAGUGCGUUGAUACAACACGAGUUACCACCCAAGCGCUCCGACCCAGGUAGUUUUUCAAUCCCUUGUACGCUAGGUAACGUCUACAUCGAUAGUGCUUUGUGUGAUUUAGGUUCCAGCGUCAGUCUUCUUCCACUCUCCAUCUUUAAGAAGUUGAACGUGGGUGAACUAAAACCCACUCGAAUGGAUCUCCAGUUGGCUGAUCGUUCUGUUAAGUACCCUGCUGGAAUUCUUGAAGACGUCCCUUUGAAAGUCGGGAAUUUCUACAUUCCGGUUGACUUCAUGGUUCUGGACAUGGACGAAGAUUCUAAAGUACCCAUCAUUUUAGGUAGACCUGCUCGAACGUGGAUAACCGCCGAUGCUGUUAUCCACGUUCGAGCAGGUCGACUUACCAUGAAAAUUGGUGACGAGACGGUGGAAUUCACUCUAGACAAAACCCUCAAGCAACCGUCAUCUACAGAAUCUGCUUGUUUCAUUGAUAUCCUGGGACCUCUAGCCGAAAAGGAUAGCAUCUACGCCGCUAUAGACCAGAUGUGGAUCUACGGACACAUUUUAGAGCAUGAUGAGCUUCUAGGAAAUCUCGAAUUAGACACGAUCGUGUCAUUGGCGUGUCAACUCCUCGGAUAG